AUGGAAGAAAAAGCCGCGCGAGCAUAUGAUCUUGCUGCGCUCAAGUAUUGGGGCCCUUCCACCCAUAUCAACUUUGAGUUGGAGAACUACCAUCAAGAACUCGAAGAAAUGAAAAACAUGAACAGACAAGAAUUUGUCGCCCAUUUGAGAAGGAAAAGUAGUGGAUUCUCCAGAGGAGCUUCAAUAUACAGAGGCGUCACAAGGCAUCAUCAACAUGGGAGAUGGCAGGCUAGGAUUGGUCGUGUCGCGGGCAAUAAAGAUCUUUACUUAGGAACUUUCAGCACACAAGAAGAGGCAGCCGAAGCUUACGACGUAGCUGCAAUCAAGUUCCGAGGGCCAAAUGCAGUCACCAACUUUGACAUCUCGAGAUACAAUGUCGACAAGAUCAUGGCCAGUAAUACUCUGCCAGCUGGCGAUGUUUCCAGACGAACUAAUAAUAAUAAUAUUAAUAAUAAUAGUAAUGAUAAUAGUAUUGAGAAGCCUAAUGUAGGUGGCGAGUGGAAAAUGGUCCCUAGUAAUAGUGUUGAUGGAAAGGUCGAAAAUGUAAAUUAUGGUCAAAAUAAUCCAACGUUCUCGGGAGCACUGCAUGAUCUGAUCAGUAUGAAUCCAUGCCGAAAGUUUGUGGAUGAGUCGAGUGCUAAUGCUAAUCUGUCGUCUAUAGUGACAAGCUUGAGUAGCACUAGAGAAGGCAGCCUGGAGAAGUUUGGUGGCGGGUCUCGUUUAUUGUUAACCAAGCCAAGUGGUGGUGCGAUUGGCUCGUGGAUUAAUUCAAUCGCCCCACUCACAACGGCUCACUUGCCGGUUUUUACUGCAUGGAAUGACACCUAA